GCUCAGUGCAAUGUAAGAGCUUGAGCUAAAAUGGUCAGAGGAAUCGCAGUUUAGCCGCAUUUGCAACGUUGUGAAAUAGAGAAGCUAAGAAAUGAACGGCUGGCACAUAAUAUGCUUCUUAAUAGUGGUAUUUGCCUAUAUCGAGCACAAUAAUGCCGCCACCAAGGUGCUCUACGAAUUCCACAUUCGUGAGGUUCACAGUGAACGCAAUGAGACGGGCUCGCUCAACACCUCGAACAACAAGACGGGGGAGCCCGAACUGAUUAUUACGGGCAAACGCAGCUCACAAUUGAUAUUGCCGGGCAAGGACUUGAAUUCCAGCAGCACCGUCUACAAUGAGCUGGUUGUCUAUACGGCCGAUGACAGCGGCUACCAUGUCAAGUACAAUAUAAGCAUAAGGCCACUCGAUCUGGACACACGACUCGGCGGGAAAACCCUUAAGGUGAUCGUGGGCUAACUGCGGAACCAGUAUUAUUUCGAUUAAUUUACAGAUACCAUACAUUCAAAUGGAAGCGAGUGGGUGGAGAUAAGUUAGACUUACUUCUAAGAUCAAUAUGUGGACUUGACUUGUGGACAAAGAUAAGAAUUAUGUUACUAAAAUGUCUUUCCAUUAUAUUGACAAAGAAUUUACAGAUACCAUACAUUCAAAUGGAAGCGAGUGGGUGGAGAUAAGUUAGACUUACUACUAAGACCAAUAUGUGGACUUAAAACCAUGAGAAUGAAUAUAUUUUCAUUUGAAUAAAGCUUUGGAAUUAUA